AUGUCAACAUCAAAUGAUGGCGAGAAGAUCAACGUCCUGCUCUUCGGACUAGGGGCCAUCGGCGGCUUCUACGCCUUCAUCCUCAGCAAGAACCCCAACGUCUCCCUCUCCGUAAUCGCUCGAUCCAACUACGAAGCCGUCAAACAAAACGGCCUCCACAUCACCUCCGCCCUCCACGGCACCCACACCAUAAAACCCACCAACGUCUUCCAAACCCCCUCGGACGCCACCCCCCUCAAAUUCGCCUACAUCAUCCUCGCCCACAAAGCCAUCAACCCCAGCACCAUCCCCCCUCUCUUCAAAACCUGCGUGUCCGACUCAACGACCUUCGUAAUAAUCCAAAACGGCGUCGGCAACGAAGACCCCUUCCGCUCAACUUUCCCUGCUAACACAAUCAUCUCCUGCGUCACCUGGACAGGCGCCGUGCAGACCUCCCCGGGCGUGAUCGAACACGGCAAAAAUGAAGAUAUGCAGAUCGGGCUAUUCCCCAACGCCACCCUCCCCACCAACAUCGAACAAGACCGUCUGAAAACUUUCGCCCACCUCCUCACGACAGGCGGCACGAAAUUCAACAUCGAAUCGAACGUCCAGCUCAAGCGCUGGGAGAAAGUCAUCUGGAACGCCGCCUGGAAUCCCCUCACGACCCUCACGGGGACAUCCGUGCAGUCCUACCUGCGCUCCUCCCCCGCCGCAACACAGACAGCAAAAUCCCUCAUGCGCGAAGUCCUCCUCGUAGGACAAACGCUCGGGAUCCCGCUCGCGGACUCUUUACCGGAUGAGUUGGUCGAGAAGGUUCUGGAUAUGCCCGGGGAGGUGUUCAGUAGUAUGUACCAGGAUCGGAGGGAGGGACGGGCGCUGGAGAAGGAGGUGAUUCUGGGGGUUCCGUUAAGGAGGGCGGGGGAGUUGGGGUUGGAGGGACGGGUGCCGGUUUUGAGGGCGAUUUGGAGUAUGAUUGAUAUGGUGGAUCGGGGGAUUACGGGGGUGUAG